ACUUGGGAUUUGUUAUCAUGCAAACAUAUUGUUAUUGUGUGAAUAAAUUGAAUUGAAUACUAAGAUAAAUAAUUGUAUAUAGUUAUAUAAAAAUAUAUUAAAUAGAUAUACAACUUUUAGAAACAAAUUAGAGAAAGGUUAAAAUAGAAAAAGUGCAAAGUAGGUUUUCAUUCUAAAGGAAACACCUAAAGAUACAUAUUUGUCAACGGCAGGGGCACAAUGGACAAACGCCGCAACAUUCGCACCGGUUAUCUAAUUAACUUCAUCGAAUAAAAUUUCAGGACAAUCUAACAGUUUAUGGAUUCAGUUAAAUUAUUACCUUAGUGAUACUAUAAACAAUUUCACCUACACAAUUUAUAGUAAUGAGGCUGGGAACUGCAUUUUAGCCUAUCAGCCAGCAUUUAGCCCUGCAGCUAGUUCGCCAACUACUACGAACACAACUUUGGGAAGUUAUCAGGUGAGAAGUACUUACUAUAUGCCUAUGAUUGUCGCUUUCAGUUGGCAAAUUAUAAAACAGGCAAUAUGACAUUUCGCAUUCGGUUCUUGACGUAAAUGGUCGUCAAUCGGCUGCAUACACUUUGGCUGAAAGACUCAACCGGUGCACGGUGUCGCUCGCUACAAAAUUACAAGAAUUUUUUAACAAGUGAACGACGACGAUCUUCAGCUAAACUCUUAUCGACCACAAGUAAUUAUGAAAGAAUGGUUCAGAAUCUCAUGUUUAUUAUGCAUUUGCGGUUUUGCACACGAAAUUCGUCCUUCAGAAUCAUACGUAACGGAAUAUUUGAUAAGCAGCAGACCAAAUAUAACACAGGAUGAGCUCAGCCGUAAAGUAUAUCCGGUGGCGACGUAUUCUUAUCUGGCUACACUUGUGCUAAUGUUUAUAGUCACCGAUUUUCUGAGGUACAAACCCUUGAUUAUUAUGAUGGGUGCUUGCGGUACAAUAAUAUCAGCUAUGUUGAUUUGGUCCACAUCAUUAACCGCGCUGCAAAUAAUUGAAUUCGUUUACGGCCUUUACAUGGCCUCCGAAGUGGCUUAUUACACAUAUAUCUACGCUAAAGUGGACAAGCAAUACUAUCCCAAGGUCAGUGCCCAUACACGAGCGGCCAUGUUUCUGGGUAAACUAGUGGCAGGCUUUUCCUCACAGCUGCUCGUCAAUUUGAAACUAAUGGAUUACAAAUCGUUGAAUUACAUAACAUUAAGCACUCAAAUCUUUGCUACAUUGUGGGGCUUCGUUUUACCAAAAGUGGAUAAAAGUUUAUAUUUCCAUCCAAAGAAUUAUUUUGAUGAUAUUCAAGCAACGGCUGCUGUUAACUCAUCAUCUACGGAAUUGCAAGAUGCUAAAUCAAUUAGCAGUCAGGGUAGAGAAAAUAUAAUACCGUUGACACCUUUCAAGUUGCUCUGGUCACAUUUCUAUAAUGCCUACAGCAAUUUGAAGGUAGUUCAAUGGAGUAUUUGGUAUGCGGUCAGUUUGUGUGGUUAUUUGCAAAUCCUUACAUAUAUACAAGUGUUAUGGAUUGAAAUUGAGCCGAAUAUAGAAAUUGCUUGGAAUGGUGCAGUCGAUGCCAUAUUAACAGCAUUAGCGGCGUUAAUGGCAUUGGCAGCUGGGUACAUACACGCUGGACGAUUGCAGCCACUUCAAAGUUUAUUGGUUUUGUCCACUUUUGCCGCUAUGGAGGGUGGAGCUGUUUUGCUUUGUUGUUGGACGUCAAAUAUUUACAUCUCGUACGUUGGUUAUAUACUUUAUGGAGCACUUUAUGCAUUUAGCAUAACUGUAGCGAGCGCUGAGGUGGCACGUUAUCUCGAAGAAGACAGUUUUGGCUUAGUAUUCGGUGUAAAUACAUUUAUAGCGCUUGUAUUUCAAACGCUACUCACAAUAAUUGUCGUUUCAAACUCUGGCUUUUCUUUGGACACACGUGGCCAGUACACUGUAUACGCAUUUUACUAUAUCGCUGCGAGCGGUGUUUACUUUUUCUCCGUGGCUGUGGAGUAUUUUAUUAAUAGAGAAACAAAAAAUCGCACAAAUCUAGCUGUAGAGUAACUUUUUUGUGAUAUUUAUUUAAAAAAAAA